CUUCGUUUCCGGAGUGUGAGCCGCUGUCAUCCAUCCAGGAGCACCGAGGAGCACCGACCGCGUUCAGAGGGCUGUAGCAGACAUGUCGGCAGCUGCGGCGGGGACCAGCAAAGCGGCUCAGGGCCCCGAUGUGGCCCAGAAGAAGCGCAAGGGGCCGGGGGCUCUGGCCACGGCUUACCUGGUCAUUUACAACGUGGUUAUGACAGCAGGGUGGCUGGUGAUCGCAGUGGGUUUGGUACGAGCAUAUUUGGCGAGAGGCAGCUACCAUGGUCUUUACUACUCUAUUGAAAAACCUCUCAAGUUCUUUCAGACCGGGGCCCUCCUCGAGAUCUUGCACUGUGCUGUCGGUAUCGUGCCCUCCUCUGUGGUGCUGACAGGGUUUCAGGUCAUGUCCCGAGUCUUUCUCACCUGGGCGGUUACUCACAGUGUCAGAGAGGUGCAGAGUGAGGACAGUGUUCUGCUGUUUGUCACCGCAUGGACCGUGACUGAAAUAAUCCGUUACUCCUUCUACACAUUCAGCCUCCUCAACCACCUGCCCUACCUCAUCAAAUGGGCCAGGUAUACAUUCUUCAUUGUGCUGUACCCAAUGGGAGUGACUGGGGAGCUUUUGACCAUCUACGCCGCACUGCCGUAUGUGCAGAAAACAGGCCUGUACUCCGUCACGCUGCCAAACAAAUACAACUUUUCCUUUGAUUACUACACCUUCCUCAUCCUCGUCAUGCUCUCCUACAUCCCACUGUUUCCUCAGCUGUAUUUCCACAUGAUCCGACAGAGGAAGAAGGUUUUGGGGCACAUCGAGGACUACAGCAAAGUGGAGUGAGCGAAAACAAAACAUCAAUUUCCAAAAAGAUCAACCAAAUCAACCAAAUAUUAAGCAUUUACAACACUAAAAACAAACUUAUCGAAAAACCCCACGAGCCCGAGCAAAACUGCCAGAACUGAAGGGAAAAGUAAUUUAUUCAAGUUAUCAACCGGGUGCUCACUAAAUCUUCAUUUUGUUGUUUUAUUUAUGAACAAAUUGCAGAGGCUGGUGGUUAGUAGCAGUAUACUAUAGGAAAAGAGCAUUUUAUACAACUGAGUACACACAGACAAAACUGAUACCUGUGCAAGAAUUAAAUCAACUUGAAUUCAAAAUAGUUAUCUGGAUUUUAUUUGUUUUAAAGGUGCUCUGUGCAACUUUUCUGUUGUAUAUUCGGCCAGCUGCUUGUUUCCAUGGAGUUGAUUUAUUUAUUUACCUUGCUUUUAUUCCAUUGCAGAUGUUAUUGCAUUCUCCACAAAUCUGACCUGUAACUUGGUCUUAACUCCAAGGAGAUGGAGAAGUUUAAUGCAACAAUGGGUAGUACUAAACGUCUCCAUGGAGACGAGCAGUUGGCAGACCCUCCACCAGAAAAGUUACUUAGUGCAUCUUUACCUUGUUUAGAUUUAUUUAGUUACAAGGUUAAGUAUGAAGUGACUUUUAUUUAUUCUUCAACUAGCAAAAUUAUCUGUCCAUUAAGAAAUUGUUAUUGCAAAUUUUCUUAUCUAUUGACAGAGAUAUUUUUCCUAAAUUCAGAGAAAAGACAAAAAAAGGUUGCCCUAAGACUUCAAUCUACUAAUUAAAUACAUCAAAACUAGUCCAGUUAAACUACUGAAAUCCAGAUUAUUAAUUAAUUUGUGUUCAAGGCCUUUCACCUUCAUUUGAGUGCAGUCGUCGGCUCAGGUCCAAACGGCACGAUAGACUUGAAUCUCGAUCUGUCAAUACACUGUUUAAGUUAGUCUUUUGUGUUGUCUCAUUUUCGUUU